AAACUCCCUGAGAACAGGAGGUAGUAAGUGGGAGAAAGUGAACACACAGCGCAGGAGGAACAGUUGCAGUCAUACAAAACGGCUGCUGAUCUGCUGAAAGAGUCAAAUUACCUCCACACACCAAAUGCUGGUCUCUCAGUCUGAACCAGAGCAGACUAAUUAGAUGAAGAGCCUGAGACCAGCAGGCUAACAAACUUAAGAAAGACCAAUGAGAGGAAUGAAAAGAGGGGGAGGGUGAAAACAAGAAGUAGAGGUCUGUGAAACAUCGUGGGGACAGUUUUAUGUACAGCUGAGUUUGGCUCUCCAGAAGAACAGUUUACAAGUGGAAAGUGUGACGCUUUUAAGCAGAGGUGUAGCUGUGUGAGCUUUCCUUCCUGAAAACAAAAUCUGAGGAUUUUUAUAUAUAUUUACAUCUCCUGCAUCUGAGAGUCAGCAUGGAGGUGCAAGAGGAGGUGAUGGAUAUCCUCCAGAAGGUCUGGACCAAACUGCAGGGUCUCCCACAAGCCAGUCCUCUGGAGCAGGGAGCCUUCGCUGUGCUCACCCUGUUUUUUGCCACGUUUUUCUUCUUGAUCGUGCUGUCCUGCGUCCACUGCUGCUGCUGUGGGAAGCCAAAAUACCAGGCCUCCAGAGUACAGCCUGUCUGAGGAUGAGAUACACAACAGACUCCACUAGUAAACAAAACCUCCAUCCUUUCUUCCAUCCUUCAUGAAAUCACACGACACCCCCACACAGUUACAAAACAGGAAAUGUGCCUUUUCAGAGUCCUGAUUUCUUGGAGGAAAUCAUCAAACGGGCUCAUGGGGACAUGUUUCCAUGGCAUUUUCAGCACUGGGAUAAAAACUGGAUCCAAAUCCAGAAAGCCAUGCCACUGGAAUCCAUAUAAAACAGCAGAGUGGUACGACUCAUCAAGAUUCAUUACAGACUAGGACAAUGAAACACUGUGUGGCAGCCUUUUCCAACAACAAAACCCUUACAGUGGAGCAAUUGAUGAAAAGAUCAGUAAGGACGCUGAUUUGUGUUUGAAUGUCACAGUGACUCAAUUAUCACAAAUAAAUGCUUUGGUAUCCUGUUGAUAUUCAUCAGGAAUGUGAAAAACAACUUGGCAAAUGUACAGAAUUUCCAACUUAUGUAUGUAUAGAAAACUGCCAGUGUAGCGCCCUCUGCUGGCCCAGCGAGGACUUUCUCUUUUGUGCAAAUUGUGCCAAUGGAAAAUAUAAGCUUUUCAUUGUUUACUUUACAUAUGUAUUCUUGUUAUAUUGUAAUAUAGUGAGGGUUGUUUUUGUCUUUUUUACUGAGGCAUUGCAAUAUUGCAUUUGUGGAUGUAACCGAAAUGUAAUAAAUGUUCAAAGAAUAUUAAAAAAACAAAUGUACUACUGA